AUGGGGAGAGGGAAGAUAGUUAUAAGGAGGAUCGAUAAUUCGACAAGUCGACAAGUGACAUUUUCGAAGAGGAGAAAUGGGCUGUUGAAGAAGGCUAAGGAGCUUGCGAUCUUGUGCGAUGCCGAAGUCGGAGUCAUCAUCUUCUCCAGUACUGCCAGACUCUAUGAUUUUUCCAGCACCAGCAUGAACUCGGUCAUUGAACGAUACAAGAAAGCCACCGAGGAGCAGCAACAAAUGGGCAGUUCAACUUCGGAAGUCAAGGUAAUCUCCGUUGCCCAACUCCCAGAUGAGAAAAUUUUGCCUACUGUAUGGUUUGCUUGUUCAAGUUUAUUCCGUUAUCCAUCCCAUAAAACUUUAUCUAUUGAUGCAAUACACUAUCUUCAAAUGAAGCUUGAAUAUGUGAAUAGUCCUUCGUGCAAAUAA